CAUUAGAAAUGGUGUUGACCGAUUGGAGAUUUCACCGCGUCUUGCUCUUGAGAUAUCAUUUCGACGCCUUCAGCAGCACCCCGGGAUCACUUGGGGUGAGUCCUAGUUAUCACUUGGACAACUGCGUGUCCCUGUUGCACUUUGGUGGGAGGGGAGGUGAGCGAGGGGUGGUGGUGGUGGCACGAGGUGUGUGCCGUCAGCUGCCUGGCAGAGGCGACCCGAGGGCCUACUAUUGAAGCAUUGUUGUCAUUCCUGCUGGGGGGCAGGCCGAUAGCGCCGCUGAAAGGUAAGACAACGCUUACUGGACACUCCGACUUCUGUCGAGUCAGAGCUAGUUUCUUUUGUACCGUUUGUGGAUUUUCUCAAGCUGCAAGUGCCGGUCAGAUGUCAAGAUGGCCGGAGGAAUCCUCAGCAAUUUGGACAACCUGUGCAACGUGGACUGCGCCAACGUGCACCCCCUGGUGUGCCACCUGUGCCACGAGCAGUAUCAGUCGCCGUGUCUGCUGGAUUGCUACCACAUCUUCUGCGCCCGCUGCUUGCUGGGCCGAACCAACGACAGCCGACUCAGCUGCCCCCUCUGCGGAUACCCGUCCAUCAUAAAGGGGAACAAUGGCCUCCCCCCAGAGGACCGUCUGCUUAAGUUCCUGGUGGACAACAACGCAGACACCGAGGAGAUUGUGCAGUGCGCUAACUGUGACCAGGAGAGCAACAAAAAGGACACAGGCGUGAUGUUCUAUUGCAACACUUGUAACCAGCCUCUCUGCUGCGCCUGCAGGGACCUCACACACAAGGCCAGAAUGUUCGCCCACCACGACAUCGUCUCACUAUCUAAGCGCAGCAAAGCCAAGCACAGGAAGUGUGUUUUGCACGAGGAGCCCUACAUCCUCUUCUCCACCGAGAACAAGUCCAUGCUUUGCAUCAAGUGCUUCAGGGAUAUGCAAGUGGAGAGUCGCACUCACUGCAUUGACAUUGAGACGGCCUACAUGCAGGGAUGCGAAAUGUUGGACCAGGCCGUGCUGGUGGUGAAGGAGCUCCAAACGUCCACCCGAGAGGCUAUCUUCCUGCUGAGGUCCAUGAUAGGAGAAGUCUGUCUGAACGUGGAGGAGGAGGAGAGCGCCAUCUGCUCUCUCUUCAACAGUUUGCAGGAAAAAUUGGCUGAGAGGAAGAAGAUUUUGCUGAAGACUGCACAGAGCCAACAUGAGGAGAAGGAGAAAGCGCUCAAGGAGCAGCUGUCACACCUCACCUCACUGCUGCCAACACUUCAGGUUCAUCUGGUCACCUGCUCAGCCUUCCUCAGCUCAGCCAACAUGUUUGAGUUUCUGGACAUGGGUUACCAACUGAUGGAGCGACUGAAGCGGAUCGUCAAGCUCCCCCAUCGCCUCAGACCGGUGCAAAGCAGCAAAAUCAACACAGAGUACCGCAGUGAGUUUGCCCGCUGUCUGGAGCCCCUGCUUCUGAUUGGCCAGCGCUGCGCCCCGUCGGUCGCCGGGUCUUCCAGCGUCGCCACAAGGCUGCAGUCACCCCUCUCCAUGUCUUGCCGCUCGCAGUCCCUCAGUGAGAUGCCGCUGGGCUCCGUGUUUGGUCGGAGGCCCACGUCUCACCGCAACAUCUGCACCAAGGUCCUGCUGGCCGAGGGGCGCGAGACCCCCUUCACCAAGCACUGUAACAACUACGAGAACUCCUACAGGACCCUUCAGACCGAGAUCCAGAGCCUGAAAGACCAGGUCCAGGAGUUGCACCGAGACCUGACCAAGCACCACUCCAUCAUCAACACGGACCAAAUGGGCGAGAUCUUGGACCGCUCGCUGCACAUCGACAGCCAGAUCGCCUCCCAGCACGCCACGGUGGAGACCAUGAGGACCAUGUUUGAAGAGAUCUGGGAGGAGACCUUCCAGAGGGUCACCAAUGAGCAGGAGAUCUAUGAAGCCCAGCUUCACGACCUGAUGCAGCUGAAGCAGGAGAACUCCUACCUGACCACCAUCGCCAGGCAGAUCAGCCCCUACAUCUUGUCCAUCGCCAAGGUCAAAGAGAGACUAGAACCCAGGCUCCAGGAGACCAAAGAGCGCCGUGAUGACCGCACCGAAACCAUGCUGAAGAUUUACGAAGAUAACACAACAAUGGAAGCGGAGAGUCAAGACGGCGACAAGCAGACGCGCCUCCUCGAACAAGACAAGAGCAACCGCCCGCUCGUGCUCUAGUGGCUUCACCCCGUACCAAACCUGGAGCUUCGCCACAUAGCGGACGUGACAUUCUCCGAGCAGGAGGGAAGGGGGGGGGGGGGGGGGGCUGGGCUGUCAGUAGGUGAGAAACCGUACUAAGUGGCCGAGGUCACGUCGCCAUCACGGGGGCCACACGUCAUUGUCGCUGUGAACGAGUUGGCGCUCCACAGGGUCACCACGUGGACCCUCACGAUCCCCCGUGAGAAAUCACACGGAUAGAAAUUAAAGCUGCCCGCAACUCCGCCUUGGGGGAGGUCGUUGACAUACAAGAUCUGGAAUUAACCUGAAAACAAAAAAAAUUAAACCUGCUGAGUGUUUUCACGCAUGGCUUUUUGUGACUCUUUUUGUGGGUCUACCAAGGAUAGACGUGCCUACUAAAUUUGUAUUUGGUAAGUGUAACAAGCUGUGGGGUAUGUUUGUAUUUGAAUAGCCCUAAAAUGGCUGCUUCAAGCAAAAAAAAUGGCAACAAAAAAAUGUUUACACAGGCUUUUUGUGUGGGGUUGCUCAUGAUUGACGUGAAAAUUUGUGUCGCUUACGGGCUGAAUGCUGCUCAUGUUGAAUUUUCAAAGAUUUGGGGGAUGACAGCAUGUCUGCUUUUAUGCUUAAGGUGCUCAACAAAUACACCCGUCCAUCCGUUUUUCUAAUCCACUUAUCGAUAUGAGGGUGGCGGGUUUGCUAGAGCCUACCCCAGCUGUCUUUGGGGUGGGGGGCGGGGGGGCACACAUAGAUGAACGACCAUUUGCGCUCACACUCCUACCUCGGGACAAUUUUGUAGUGUUUUGUUAACCCGCCGUGCGUAUUUUUAGAAAUGUGGGAGGAAACCGGAGUACCCGAACAAAACCCACACAAAAUUGCCAUAAUCAAACAAAUUUGAAUGCCAAACCUUCAACGUUCAUUUCAAUUCAAAACAAAUAACGGCCCGUCCCUCAUCAUCUUCCCUCGUUCAUUUCAUAAUUGUGUCGAAAGAAACGAAAGGCGCAAGCACCCACUAGCGCGCAGGCUGCUGUGGAUAAUAAUGAGGUGUUGACGAACACUAGGGGAAAGGCUUAUUUACAUUUCAUUGACGGCUGAGAAAGUUGUGGAAAUAUCACUUGCAGAUUUGGCCUGAGGGAAGUGCCGAGAAGGUCCGACGUGCGCAUUCAUUAAAAAAACAUUUGUGACAAGCUGGUAACAAACGACCCUGUUCCUGCACGCCGCCUCCCCCUGCUUCCCCCGCGGUCGUUCAUCACCCACCGACUCGCUCGUUAUUAUUCUCCCACUCGGAAGGUUUUGCCACGCCAAGUUUAUUUUGGGGCUGCACAUUUCGGAGUUUCGGGGCGAGCGAGAAGCCACGCAGCCAGUUUUCCACAGCCGUAAUUGAGCAUUAAAGAUGGAGGAGGAAGAUAAAAUGAAUGUUUAAUCAUCUUCACCGAAGGGAAUUUGGGUCAGCAAAGAAAGAAGAAGACAAUGAAAGCAAAUAGAAGAGAGUGAGAAGGAACAACACACAUAUGAUCGUUUAAUGAGCAGCCUUUUAUUUUUUAAUUAGCAGCUUACGUUUGCCCAAUAGCAGACUUUGCCUGAGUCACAUUUCAAAGUUUUCGGAAAACACAUUUUGAAGCACAUUGAUAUUUUUCACAUCAAAAAUGACAAAUUUGGCUCAUGAUUUUUUGUUUUCAGUUGGAUGAGGUGACCAGUGUGAUUCUCGAGUUUUAUUUCGUCUUUUGUUCCCUCCAAUUUUACAAUUAGUCAUGAUAAAUAUGAUUUUGGAUGACCGUGCUGGCAAGUUUUCAACUCACGCUGUGAAAUUUACCCCCCCAAAAGUUUUGGACGUUAUUUUGUGUUGUGGAAAAUUCAAUGUUUUUAUUUAUUACUGUGUGAGGCUUGCAUAGGUUGAGCUCACAUUUGUAUCUAGUUUGUAUUCUUUGAUGUUGUGCUUAUAUCCUAAAUAAAACCCUAGCAUAUG